UGCGCACCCACCCCACCCAAUCCCACUGAUUAGACGUCAGUGUUAGCGUCGCAGUCAACGUCGCGCAGUCGUCGUCGGUGAUUGUAGAAGGAUGAGAAGGGGGAAACCGUUCGUUUUUGCAGUUGUCGCUGCGGUUGUCGCGCGCGCGCUCGCUCCUUCUAUUGUCACUGCGGGACUGAGGCACUCACUAGGUACGGUCCGGUCCGGUGCGGUCGGGUCGGGUCGGUCGUCUCCCUCUCUCUCCCACACUCUGUCACUGAUUCACAAUUGGAUUCCUGGUUGCUUCCGGUAGCUGCUUCGUCUCGUUCGUUCGACUCGCGUUCGCGUUCGCAUUUGCCAAAUGCCUUGUUUUAUUUUUGAUUCACUUUUGAUUAAUGCGUGAACGAAGUAUGGUGUUGCAGGGAAGGGAGGAUGGAUUAGCGGGAUAUUACAGUUUGAUGCAUUUGCAAUGUUAUUAAUUACAAACCGCUUAUCAGGCAGAUCGAGAACACAUGAGAUGACAUGAGCAGGGACACUGGCGGUGGAGAUGGAGAUGAUAUUCGAAAUGAUGAUGACAAGGACAGGGACAAGGGCGGGGGCGGGGGCGUAGGCCGAGGCCAAAGCUGAUGUGUGCUGUCAAGCAAGUGCCAUAGAGAUGCAUUUUAGAUGCAAAGAUGAGCGGCUAUCGUUUUCAAACUUACGAUGAAUGCAUUUUGUAUCUUUUCUAAUUCCACACAGCGUAGUGUUUGAAAUUUAAUUAAAGCUUUGCACUAUCUUCACUCUGUAGAAAUUUUACACUUGCACUUUACUAAAUAUUGCAGGAUGCGACUGUGAUUCCGCUGCAGUCAGGUGUAGGCUGCAGACUGUGAGCAGCCCUUUGAGCUUGGAGAGAGUGAGGGAGAGCGGGAGAUAUGUAACUGAAAUUGGAACGGGAGAGCACAGUGGGCACUUCUUAGCGGAGACUGACUGCGCAUAUCCAUCGGCGAUUGAUCUGCUUUUAUAGGCCCGGACCCAGUGCCCACUGCGCCGCCAGAUGAGACUCCCGACUCCAAACCCGACAGAAAAAGAUGUUCGUCCCAGUCGGAUGUGUGACUCGAUUUUUUGAUUAUUUUUAUGGCGUAUAAAACAAACACGGAGCGGAGCAUAUGUGCUAAUUACCUUUUCAAGAUUCUCACAUUUUAUUAUUGCGAGCAUUUGGCGUCCAGUUCAAGCCAUGGCACACACGAAUACAAAGCCCAACAAAAUGUAAAUAUAGAAAUACUAUAGGGUAAAACGUGAACAAAUCUGACAUUGUCCAGACAAACAUACAUAAAUAUUCGUAUCUCUGUAAUCACAGAUGUGCGAGUGACCCUCCUGUACGGGUACGUGUACGUGUACGUGUACGAGUAUUUCCCUUUUAAUGGCUUUCCGGCAACCGAUUUCACGGAUCAAGCCACACGUGAACUCCUCUUGUCCGGGGUCCGGGUCCGUGCCAAGUGCGUAGUCGGCGUCUCGGCUGCGUCUCAAUGCGUAGUGCCGUACAGCCAGCGGAAAAUAUUGGUCGUGUUUGGGGCCUAGAGGUGUGAAAAUGUUGAUUGGCAAGCACAUUUGUUUAGGGGGGAAAAAGGGCUUUUGUUCGAGUUGUCAGUUAACUGGAUGAAGGUCUGUCUGAAGGUCUAUAAGCAAUCCAAACAAGUUCUAAGUCUAAAAAUAAUGCUAGACUGGGCAUAAAAUGAUUUUAUAGCUUGUCAGAUAUAGUGAUACUCCCCCAAGAAACCCUUAACCGAAACGUAGUUCUACUCCGCACUUAAAUUUCCAGAUGAUUAAUGGAAGUUAGUAUAUAUUUUUUCAAUGAUUAAUAAACGUUAUAUCAUACAGACGGAGAAGCUGUGAGGUGAACAAAACAAAGCAAACACACACAAAAUGAUUAAUAUUUCCAUUGCAGCACACACAUGUUGAACGAACCUUUAUUUUUGCUUGACAAGCUUUUUCCUUUGGGUGUAAGGGACGGCAGCCGGUCUAAAUUUAAACGCAAAUAAAAACAGACAUAAAGAAAGACUGUUCGGACGGACAUACGGACAAACGGUGGGCCGUCUGGCGGAGCAGCGGAGUGGGAGAGGAAGUUGGCCAAAUAAAUUGCGACAAGCAACAUUUUAUUUCAAUUUUAAAUGCACAAUUAACAUAUGUAUCGGCAUCUACAAACAUGCCUACCCAGCCCCAGAUCCCCUGCCCCACCAUUCGACAGUACAUAAAAUAAACAGAGCAGACGAACGUGAAGUAAUUUUCGAUUAAGGCCCGUAUGACACUUACUGCAUAAUCAAUCAAUGGUUACUAAAUCUUUAUUGCAUUUUGAAGAAUAUAUUUGAAGAAACAUGAAAGGUCAAUUACUACCAGAAUCAUGAAAUGUUAAUCCUGCAACCCAGAUGAAAUCUCAAAUUACCAUAGAGAUGAAAUUUCUCUAGGAUCUAAGAUGAUUCAAGCUGCGUGAAGCAAGUGUCUCUUUCACUGCUUCUUGGAGCACUAUGCUGAUCCAUAAACAAUUUUGAUCUGUUUUUAAUUAUUUUUUUGUUGGUUUACUCUACGCUACUUUAACGACUGCUCAGUGUUCCGCCUCUCAGCAGUUCAUAGAAUAUUAAGCGUCUUUGUUGCAUUCAAAUUGGCUUAGGCGUCGGCGGAAUCGAUCGAUCGGCCAUAAACCCCUGGCUGGUCAGACCACAAACUUAGAUCUCACGGACGAUAAAGCCUUUGGGCCAAGAUUAGUGCCCACCAAAUACCCAGAAGAGUGUGGAAGAAGAAGCAGCCAUUGACGCGUGGCUUCGAUAAGCAGUGGGCCAGCAGGCGGGCCAGCAGCAGGCGGUGGUGCUGGUCGCAAGGCGGCGGCGCACGGGUUAACCGACUUAACCAAGAUGAACGAGGCAAUAGGGUGGAUAUAUAAAGAGUCCCACCUGAGGCAGGACUCUCCAUUAUCGUUGCAUUAUGUGGCACUGGCUGCGGUUCCUGCGUCGCGACCAGCCGCUGAGCGUUUACUUCUUUGCCGUGCCCCGUCUCAGUCUGGAGAUCAUGGGCUACUGGCCGAUAGGCGAGAAACUGCCCACCCGUGCCAUCGUUCACUUUGUGAUCCUGUUCAUUGGCGUCGUCACAGAGCUGCACGCGGGCAUUGCGUUUCUGCAGAAGGCUCAAAUCACCAUGGCACUGGAGACACUCUGUCCGGCCGGCACGUCAGCAGUUACGCUCCUCAAAAUGCUGCUAAUGCUGCGCUAUCGCCGGGAUCUGGCCAAUAUUUGGUUGCGACUGCGCCAUAUGAUCUUCUAUGGUGGCCUCGACAGACGGCAACAGCGGACCAUUAUGCAUGAGCAUUCGGUAAUGGCGGCACGCAUCAAUUUCUGGCCACUGUCCACGGGUUUCUUCACCUGCACCACCUACAACCUGAAGCCACUGCUCAUUGCCUUGGUGCUGUAUUUGCGUAAUCCCAAACAGGAGCUACUGUGGAACACACCAUUCAAUAUGACAAUGCCGGAACUGCUGCUGGGUUCUCCGUUCUUUCCACUGACCUACGCCUUUAUUGCCUACACGGGCUAUGUGACCAUCUUCAUGUUUGGCGGCUGCGAUGGAUUCUACUUUGAGUUUUGUGCCCACAUCUCGUCCCUCUUUCAGUCGCUCCAAGAGGAACUGCGCGCCACCUUUCAACCCUACAAAGGAUACCUGAAGCUAACGCCCAACCAGUGCGUCCUGCUGGAGCUCCAGCUGCGUGACAUAAUAAUCCGACAGAAUGCGAUCUUUGCGCUGACAAGUUUCUUCCGGAAACGUUAUGCGAUCAUCACGCUGGCGCACUUUGUGUCCGCCGGAUUGGUCAUCGGUUUCAGCAUCUGCAAUCUGUUGACCGUCGGCAAUAGCAGCCUGGGCGCCCUACUCUAUGUUGCCUACACGGUGGCCGCACUCAGCCAGCUGCUCGUCUACUGCUACGGCGGCACUCUGGUGGCCGAAAGUAGCGUUGAGCUCUCUCGUGUGGCGGCCACUUGUUCCUGGACAUUGUGCGCACCCAGGCAGCGUCGCAUUAUUCUGCUGCUCAUUCUACGAUCCCAGCGAGCACCGACCAUGGCGGUGCCGUUCUUCUCGCCAUCACUGUCCACAUUUGCAUCGAUACUACAGACGUCUGGCUCCAUUAUUGCAUUGGCAAAGUCCUUUCAAUAGUUGGGAAGAUUGAUGGAAAGGUUCCUCAUGUCAGCGAGUGAUUAGAAACGUGUGGAGUAACAAAUAUAACGUGUCUGACUGUGUAGCGUGUAGCAGUGACGUGUAGCAGUAGCGAGUACCAAUAAAAACACGCAUUAACCUCUUA